UUCAAAGGGGGGAAGUAGAAGUAGAAGUAGAAGGGUGAAGAUGUCGUCCACAAGUUUGCUACCACCUAUCAAUGGAGGCCACCUUCUCUUUUCUCUCAAUCACCGUCGUCUCUCUGCAACUCAUAUCACUCCCUUCAAGUGGGGGUUGAGAAAAUAUCAAGGUGGAAACAUAGUUGCUUAUGGAACUAAUGGCCACGCCCUUCAAAUGUUGCCCAAUCCUAAUGCGUCUUCAAAAGGAAACAAUGAGGUGAUCAUGGUUGAUCCUUCGGAAGCCAAGCGAUUGGCUGCCAAACAAAUGGAACAGAUUAAAGCAAAGGAGAACUUCAAGAGAAAACGAAAAAUAGAAGCAAUUAAUGGUGCAUGGGCAAUGAUUGGACUUACAGCAGGCUUGGUUAUCGAAGGCCAAACUGGAAAAAGCAUCCUAGUUCAGUUGUCCGAUUACUGGAGUGCUAUUGUCGACUUUUUCAUGCUAUAGAGAAAUUUGGAUGGUAGCUGAAAGCAUUGCAGAUUCUUUGUUGCAUAAUUCUUUACAAAUGUACGUAUAUGAUCUAUUAAUUACCUGUUGUAUCUGCCAGCAUACUUAUACCUGCUAUAAUUCGUGAUGGCAAGUUUUUUUAUCUCGAACUUUACU